CGUACAUUAUAAAGCCGCAAGUCUCUCCGUCUCUUUCCACCUUCAGCCAUUUUGACAAUGUUGGGAGCUGUAGGACGCUGCUGCACCGGAGCACUGCAGGCUCUCAAGCCUGGGGUCCAGCCCCUCAAGGCUCUCGUUGGAUCCCCCGCGGUCCUCUCACGCAGGGAAUAUGUCGCACCUGCCGCCGCUGUCACCGUCGCCGCUGGGCGCAUUGUGGCCGUCAUCGGGGCCGUCGUCGACGUCCAGUUCGAUGAGGACCUUCCUCCCAUUCUGAACGCCCUGGAAGUGGCCGGCCGCGAGUCCAGGCUAGUCCUGGAGGUGGCACAGCAUCUUGGGGAGAACACUGUGCGCACCAUUGCUAUGGAUGGUACAGAGGGUCUCGUCCGUGGACAGAAAGUUCUGGACACUGGUGCUCCCAUCAGAAUCCCAGUGGGUCCCGAGACUCUGGGCAGGAUUAUGAAUGUCAUCGGGGAGCCAAUCGACGAGAGGGGUCCCAUCUCCACCAAGCAUACUGCACCUAUCCACGCUGAGGCCCCUGAAUUCACUGAUAUGAGUGUGGAGCAGGAAAUUCUGGUGACUGGCAUUAAGGUGGUGGACCUGUUGGCCCCCUACGCCAAGGGAGGAAAGAUCGGUCUGUUUGGAGGUGCUGGUGUGGGCAAGACUGUAUUGAUCAUGGAGCUGAUCAACAACGUGGCCAAGGCCCAUGGUGGUUACUCUGUGUUUGCUGGCGUGGGAGAGCGCACCCGUGAGGGAAACGACUUGUACCAUGAAAUGAUCGAGUCCGGUGUCAUCAACCUGAAGGACGACACCUCCAAGGUGGCGCUGGUGUACGGACAGAUGAACGAGCCCCCCGGCGCCCGCGCCAGAGUGGCUCUGACUGGACUGAGUGUGGCAGAGUACUUCCGUGACCAGGAGGGACAGGACGUACUGCUCUUCAUCGACAACAUCUUCCGCUUCACACAGGCCGGCUCUGAGGUGUCUGCCCUGCUGGGGCGUAUCCCCUCUGCUGUGGGUUACCAGCCCACUCUGGCCACUGACAUGGGUACCAUGCAGGAGCGAAUCACCACCACCAAGAAAGGCUCAAUCACAUCUGUGCAGGCCAUCUACGUGCCCGCUGAUGAUCUGACUGACCCCGCCCCCGCCACCACCUUCGCUCACUUGGACGCCACCACUGUGUUGUCCCGUGCCAUCGCUGAGCUGGGUAUCUACCCCGCCGUGGACCCCCUGGACUCUACCUCCCGUAUCAUGGACCCCAACAUCGUCGGCACAGAGCACUAUGAAAUUGCCCGUGGCGUGCAGAAAAUCCUUCAGGACUACAAAUCCCUGCAGGAUAUCAUUGCCAUCCUGGGUAUGGAUGAGUUGUCUGAGGAGGACAAACUGAUCGUGGCGCGCGCCCGCAAAAUCCAGCGUUUCCUGUCCCAGCCCUUCCAGGUGGCCGAGGUCUUCACUGGCCACAUGGGAAAGUUGGUGCCCCUCAAGGAAACCAUUAAGGGCUUUAAGGAUAUCCUUGAAGGCGUGUACGACAGUCUGCCCGAGCAGGCCUUCUACAUGGUCGGCCCCAUCGAGGAGGUGGUUCUGAAGGCGGCGAAGCUGGCUGAGGAGCACUCAUAAACAUGUAAACAAUGUUAAGGGGAAAGCUUCUGUGUUUAGGAGCAUUUGGUUUGUAAAACAUGUCAAAAUGUACUUGUCUGGUCAUCCUGAAAGAAAGUUCUAUUUAAUGUUUCCAAUGGAAGAUGGAAUAAAAGGCUGUCUUUACAUAAAGCUACUGUAUAUUUCUCAUGCUUUAAUUGUAGUUCAAUCUUGUUUGUAAGGAGUUUCAUCCACUCUAACCAUUAGAUGGCAGUGUUAAGCCAUUAAUGAGGUCUCAACUCUUGCAGCUUGUCACAUUCUGAAAUAAAGGUGACUGACCCAUUG